AUGUUUGUACAAUCUACGUUUGGAAAAGAGAAAUCUAUCAAGAAUUCUACAUCAUACCAGCCCAGAAAAGAUUUAUUGAAAAGUUUGCAGUGUCAAUGGAAAAAUACAAACCGACUUAAAGAAUUGUGUGCCAAGAUCAAGUUGUUUACUGAAAUUUUGUUACGAUUGGUUGAUUUGGAAGGCUCGUCCGAUAUUUACAAAGAAAAGCACCAGCUAAAGACAACAGCAGCGUCAUCAAGUUGUUACGAUGUUGGAAGAAAGCCAGUUAUUUUUGGUAACCACGAGAUAUUUGAACGUGCUGCCUUGUCAACUCGAUUUCCAAUUAGAACUGAUAUAACAAUAAAACUUCUGAAGCUAACAAAGGGUCCAAAGAUCAGUUCCAUGACCGAGCAAUUUGGUUUUCUUCUUGCACUUUAUGAAUGGAAAUUCCCCAAACACAAAAGCAAAUUGUUUAACUUUGAAUAUGAUUUGUGGAAGACCAACAAAAAAAAGAGGAUUACUCAAACUCAUACGCAAAAAUAA